AUGAUGAUUCACACUGGUGAAAAGCCGUUUUCAUGUGUGAACUGUGGAAAAAGUUUUAGUCAUAAACAGGAUUUAACUCGGCACAUGAGGAUUCACACGGGUGAAAAGUCUUUUUCAUGUGUGAACUGUGGAAAAAGUUUUUGUCAACAACGGCUUUUAACUCAGCACAUGACGAUUCACACAGGUGAAAAGCCAUUUUCAUGUGUGAACUGUGGAAAAAGUUUUAGUCAAAAACCGACUUUAACUCAGCACAUGAGGAUUCACACUGGUGAAAAGCCGUUUUCAUGUGUGAACUGUGGAAAAAGUUUUAGUCAUAAACCGACUUUAACUCAGCACAUGAUGAUUCACACUGGUGAAAAGCCGUUUUCAUGUGUGAACUGUGGAAAAAGUUUUAGUCAUAAACCGACUUUAACUCAGCACAUGACGAUUCACACUGGUGAAAAGCCGUUUUCAUGUGUGACCUGUGGAAAAGGUUUUUGUCAAAAACGGCUUUUAACUCGGCACAUGAUGAUUCACACUGGUGAAAAGCCAUUUUCAUGUGUGACCUGUGGAAAAAGUUUUCGUCAUAAACAGCAUUUAUCUCAGCACAUGAUGAUUCACACUGGUGAAAAGCCGUUUUCAUGUGUGAACUGUGGAAAAAGUUUUAGUCAUAAACCGACUUUAACUCAGCACAUGAUGAUUCACACAGGUGAAAAGCCGUUUUCAUGUGUGACCUGUGGAAAAAGUUUUGGUUAUAAACCGACUUUAACUCAGCACAUGAUGAUUCAUACUGGUGAAAAGCAGUUUUCAUGUGUGACCUGUGGAAAAAGUUUUAUUCGAAAACAAGAUUUAACUCAGCACAUGAGGAUUCACACCGGUGAAAAG